UCAGCGACAUACAUAAUUUUAACUUUAAAACAACAUGAAGAUCGGUGAUUUCCAAGUGAAUUCCGACAAUUCAGCGACAAGUGAGAUCGCAACUCCGGAAAUCGUCUUGACGGGUACGAGUAGCGUCCUAUCCAUCGCGGGCGCCAUAAUCAUAUUCGCCACCUACAGAUUCGUACCCAAGGAGUAUAAUUUCACGCGGAAGUUACUUGUUUAUUUGACGAUUGCUGAUUUCAUAACGGCAGUUGGCAACCUGGUUGGAGUGUCAAGAUAUGUGUAUGUUUAUUGGGCUAAAACGCAUAAUCGGAACUGCACACACUCGAUUAAUGUCACAGACCCUAUCCCGGAGAACAGUCUUCAAGAUCUGUGUCGCGUCCAGAGUUUCUUCACCACUGCCUCCAACUUGGCAUCCUUCCUUUGGACGUUCGUCAUCGCCUUUCAUCUUUGGGCGACGGUCAUUCUAAAAAUAACUCUGACGUCACGUAGAAUCGCUCACGUGAUAUACCAUGUGGUCUGCUGGGGCAUUCCUAUUGCGAUUGUGUGCACUGUGGUACCUUACCUAGGCGAGGACUAUCGUUACGGUACGGGCGUCUGGUGUGGCCUCACCAGUAACGGAGAUAUAAAGAAGCUCAAACAGCUCAUGUACCGCGCAGACGUCGGCUGGCAGCUGACAUCCUACGUCACUUCCUGUUUCUUCUACUUGCACAUCAUUUUCUAUCUGUUCCUACAUAAACGCUCCUUGCAAGACGCACCCAACAACCAGUUACGCGAGGAAGACAGAAACUUCUUGAUGGUCUGGUUCGUGCUGUACGCCCUCAAACUGUGGGGAGUCAUUCGCUUUUUCCUUACGGCGUACUUUACCGAUCAUAUGUUACAACUCCAAAUCACUAAGAACUGGUUGGAUUUUCUGUUGAUCGUACAGAGUUAUGGCGCUAGCGGACAGGCGUUUUGGAACUGUGUCCUGUUUUGUUUUUGUGACAAAACUGUGCGCCGGAAAAUGUUGCGAUGCAGGACAGUCCCUGUUGAAGCGAACGCAGCUAAUGAAAAUACGCCAUUACUGAUCGAACACGAAGGCCAAAUCGAGCAUGCGUCAGCUACCAUCAAAAAAACGUUGAUGACCGCAGAGCACGACACCAAGCAAAAAGGGUCAAUAAACUCACAAAAUGGAAUUUAACCUACUGUAAAUACUUUUACGUUGUAAUGUUACUUUGAUAGUUCUUCUUUGGAUUAGACUCGGCAAUAUAAUGUUAUUCAGUUAAAAAAUAUGUACAUAUGUCAUCACUGAAGACAUUCUGAAACAAACUGAUCGAUUCACUGCGAUGCUGUGUCAGCUGUCUUCAAUUUUAAGUUGUCUCCCUCACAUAACAACUGUUUCUGUUUAUGAACUGCUGCGAGAAUGUCAAUGCUUCGGUUAAGUUUAUGAAUAUUUGCAUCAAUGAAUGUCAUUUAUAUGUCAACCUGAACCACAGUUUUGACAGAAUAUUUAA